CCGCGAACUCUAUUACGCAGGAGGGUCAUAGGUCACGUGCCCAUGCCGCGCGGCAAAGCAACAUGUCCAACGUGAGAGUUUGACUUAUUGAGAUAUUAAUCUGAUUGCAAAUCACAAGGUGCUGUGUCGAUGUAAACGAUCAUGUCGGACCUCAAGAUUAAUUCGAAGUUCGCGGAAAAAUAUGAGAAAUAUCGUCAGAAAGAAGAACUACAGAGACUGAAGGAUCGCUACGGAGACCAAGAUCAGGAGAAUUCAUCAGACUCCUCCGACUCUGACGCUGAUGAGAGUGAAGUGGAGCUGGACCCAAAGCUGGACAGGGAUUUUUACAGAACGCUGUCACUGCUGAAGAAGAAAGAUCCAAAGAUCUAUCAGAAAGAUGCCAAAUUCUACACGGAAGACACAUCUGGAUCAGGCAGCGACGAUCAACCGUCCACUUCAAAAAAGUCAGAGAAGCCCAUGUUCCUGAAGGACUAUGAGAGGAAAGUGGUCCUGGAGAGAGGAGGAAAAUAUGAUGAUGAUGAGGACGACAGUGCUGAUGAAGAAGUCUCCAGAAAGAUGCAGGAGAGAGCUGCUUCUCCCACCUAUAUCCAGGAACAGAGGGAACUACAGGAAAGUUUUCGAAAGUUUGUGCGAGACAGUGAAGAUGGGGACAGUGAUGGUGACGGACAGCUGCUGACACGGAGAACCAAAACACAAGAGGAGAAGGACAAAGAGGAAGCCGACUAUGUGGAAUGGCUGAAGGGUCAGGCGGAGCUGGAGGGGGGGGAGGAGGAAGUUAAGGACAUGAAAUACCUGCGCGACUACUGGAACAACCCUGAGCUGGAUGAGAAAGAGUCUUUCCUGCGAGAUUACAUGCUCAAAAAGGGCUACCUGGAGGAGGAUGAAGAAGAUAGGAUCCCCACCUAUAAUGAGAUGAUGCAGGAUGAUGUGGAUGACUCGGAGGAAGAAGGAGAAUCAUUCCUGCAUAAACAGGAAGACUUUGAGAGGCAUUACAACUUCCGCUUUGAGGAGCCUGAUGCUGGAAAGAUCAAAACAUAUCCUCGCAGCAUCGCCACAUCUGUCCGAAGCAAAGAUGACAGAAGAAAGAUGAAGAGGGAGGAGGUUAAAGAGAGGAAGAAAAAGGAGAAGGAACAGAAGCAGCAGCAGCUGAAGGAACUGAAGAACCUGAAGCGAGCCGAGAUCAUGGACAAACUGAAGAAACUGCAGGAGCUGACAGGAAAUGAGAAGCUGGCCUUCAAUGACGUCGACCUGGAGGGAGACUUUGACCCUCAGCAACAUGACCAACUCAUGCAGAAUUUCUUUGGGGAUGAAUACUAUGGAGAGAACGAGGAAGAGAAACCACAAUUUGAUGAUGACGAUGAUUUAGCAGUAGAAAACUGGAACUGGGACACAUGGGUCGGAAAUGAGGAAAAUGAGGACGAGUAUGGAGAUGAGAAAGAUUAUGCUGCAGAGGAAGACUAUGAGCCCAACUUUGGAGAUCCUAACUUUAUAAUGGAUGCUGACUAUGACCCAAGUCAACAGCCCAUUUCUAAAAAGAAGAGAAAGAAAGAGAGAGAGCAGAGGAAAAAGAAGACCAAAGAGGAUGCCCCUCUAAUGGGAAAGAAGAGGAAGAAGUCCCACUUUGCAGAGAUCAUCACCAAAAACAAGCCAGUUUUUGAUCCAAAGGAGAAAACCUUUGAGCAGUAUUUGGACGAGUACUAUAAACUGGAUUAUGAGGACAUCAUUGAUGACUUGCCAUGCAGAUUUCGCUAUAGAGAAGUUGUACAGAAUGACUUCGGUCUGACCGCUGAUGAGAUCCUGAAAGCAGAUGAAAGUGAGUUGAACCGCUGGUGCUCACUGAGGAAGACCUGCAUGUACAGGUCAGAGAGGGAGGAGCUAUGUGACGUGAAGAACUUCCAGAUCAAAGCACGGAAUAACAAGAAGAAACAGCAAGUGUUUGUGUCUUUGUAUAAUGAGGACGAAGGUCAGGAAGAGCUGAUGGAGCCCAAGGGGAAGGUGGGUAAGAAGCGAAGGGAUCGUCUAAAGCGGUCUGAGGUCAAGAUGGAGAAGUCAGAAGAUACAUCUGAAAGCCCUGUAGUUGACGGCAUAGACCAAACAGACGUCCAGGACCUCAAAGAAGUCGCUGUACAGGAUGAAGGGGAGGAUGAUGAGGAGUUCCUGGUUCCUAAGAAAAAGAAGAAGCUGGAAGAGACUGCUGUAACCCCGAAAGAGGAGGUGGCCAAGGAAAGGACUGAAAAACCUCAAUGGCUUAAAAAGAAAAUGAGGCACAGGGGCGGAUGCCUACUUUCCAGGUCCAUGACGGUGAAGAUGGCUGGAAGAGAGUUCAGCAGACAGAGACUCCAAGCCUACGGGCUGAAUCCAAAGAGACUCCACUUCAGAGAGCUGUACAGACAGAAGAGAAAAGAGCGGGAGAAAAAGGAAAAGCGGCAGAAAAAGAGCAAACCGUCAUGCUGAAAGUAAACCGUUUGUGUUUGGCAUAUUGAAUUUUAGUGUAUUUUUGUUUCACAAGGGACCAGAAACCGUGAAAUAGUAAGCUUUCUCAUUUUAAUACCUUGCUUGAAUCUUGAAAGUUUCUGGUUCGUCAGUGUCACGAAUGGAUUUUAUCUAUGUUCCUAAAAUAAUAAAAAAGAAUAGUUGUAGUAGAAAUAAAGACACUUCUUUCACAAGACUUUUCAUAUUGUGU